AUGCCGUUUGCGCUGCAGCGACUGUUGGUCAACGCUUGGUUCUAUCCACGCGGCGACUGGUACACCUUCUACUGGGAUGGCAGCUCGGCCGACAAGGUCGCAAGGCGCGCUACCUACCCGACGCUCGAGCACGACGACCACGACCCCGGCCCCCUCGCAGAGCGCAUCAGGCGCGACAAGCGCGAGGCGUCCCACCGCUCCUCCGACGACUCCUCCUCCGACCGCGACUCGUGCGGCACCGGCUCCACUAGCGAGGCGAAUGACAUAUUCGACACCCUCGAAGACCAUCUCGGCUACGGUUCCGACUCCGGCUCCGGCUGGUAG